AUUUCAAAGGAAAAAAAAAAAAUUUAAUUUGGAUAAGGAAAGAUGUUGGGAAUAGUAAGGCAAAAGACGUUGGAACAAUCAUUGAAGAAGAUUCGACCUGCAGUGUCGGUGUUGAGAAGUUACUCAUCUGCUGCAAAACAGAUGACUGUGAGAGAGGCAUUAAACUCUGCUCUUGAUGAGGAGAUGUCAGCUGAUUCAAAAGUCUUUUUGAUCGGUGAAGAGGUCGGAGAAUAUCAGGGUGCAUACAAGAUAACCAAGGGGCUUCUGGACAAGUAUGGACCCGAGAGGGUUCUUGAUACUCCAAUUACUGAGGCUGGUUUUACUGGGAUUGCGGUUGGUGCAGCCUACUACGGUCUGAAGCCUGUCGUGGAGUUUAUGACAUUUAACUUCUCCAUGCAGGCAAUUGACCACAUUAUUAACUCUGCUGCAAAAUCGAACUACAUGUCUGCUGGCCAGAUUUCUGUACCCAUAGUUUUCAGAGGUCCCAAUGGUGCUGCAGCUGGUGUUGGUGCCCAACACUCUCAGUGUUAUGCUGCAUGGUAUGCUACUUGUCCUGGGUUGAAAGUGCUGACACCAUACAAUUCCGAAGAUGCUCGUGGACUACUCAAAGCAGCUAUUAGAGAUCCCGAUCCAGUUGUUUUCCUUGAGAAUGAGUUGUUAUAUGGUGAAUCAUUCCCGAUUUCCAAUGAAGUUCUGGACUCAAGCUUCUGCCUUCCAAUCGGUAAAGCUAAGAUAGAGAGAAAAGGAAAGCAUGUGACUAUUGCUGCUUAUUCAAAAAUGGUGGGCUAUUCUCUUAAGGCAGCUGAGAUACUCGAAAAGGAUGGAAUCGAUGCCGAGGUCAUAAAUCUGCGUUCGAUUAGGCCGCUAGAUCGUUCCGCGAUUAAUGACUCAGUCAGGAAAACCAACAGAUUGGUCACAGUUGAAGAAGCGUUUCCACAACAUGGUGUUGGUGCUGAAAUAUGUGCGUGUGUUGUGGAGGAGAGUUUUGUAUAUCUCGAUGCACCGGUUGAGAGAAUCGCCGGAGCUGAUGUUCCUAUGCCGUAUGCGGCAAAUCUCGAGAGAAUGGCGGUGCCACAGGUUGAAGAUAUAGUUCGCGCUGCAAAGAGAGCAUGCUACAGAUCUGUACAGUAGGCUGGCGCUGCAUUACCGAAACCACGUUAUAGCAUUUUAAACUCGUCACUCAGGAAUGAAGCUCAACACUGUUGGUACUUAAGCUGCAACAUAUUAAUAACUGGGAGGAGAUUGUUUGAAAUUUGGUGAUCAUUAAACCUCAAGAUAAGAUUUUUUUUAAUGCUUUUGUUUCGUGUUUUGGUGUGAGGAGCUCUCCCUCUGCUGUUGUGUCUGAGCUUGAGUUUUGAGUAUCUUUGAUUUUUGAUGUUCCUAAAUUACUACAAAGUAGUUUUUGUUUUCAACUUUGAAACCACUUUGUUGCAGAAACGAG